AACUCGCACGUCAUCACAUCUGACCAAUGAUAGAGCACGGCAGUGGAGUUGUGCUCCGCCCCCUCAGUGCAUGAAUGUUCAGUUUCAGGAUUCCUUUCCACCGACUUAUUUCACGCUGUGCUGUCAUGGCCUCAAAGGUUCUCCGGGAGGCGGCGGAGAUCGCUCAGUUGUACCGGGAUCAGUGUCGGUUCCCGGCGUUGUGUCGCGCUGAUGUGGGACCGGUGAUCACAUCACGCUUCGGCGGACAAUACUGCAAUGUUUAUACAGAGUGGACUCAGCGGGAUUUGGAGAGGAAUGAAAAUGUGAAGUUUUGUCGUCAGUACAUUGUGUUUCAUGAUGACACAUCAGUGGUCUACUCCGGACCCUCAGGAAACUGCACCGAAAUCAAGGGAGAGCUGCUCAGUGUGGACUCUCCGUCCGGAGACAUGAAGGCUGUGCUGAGAGAGAGCACCAUUAAAGGAGAAGACAAGCAGCUCCUGGAGAUCUGGCACAAGAACAGGAAGCUGAAGUGUCUGAAUCUGACGACUCUCAACAAACACGGCAAAGUGUAUGAAGAUGAUCAGUUCGGCUGCUUGAUCUGGUCUCAUUCAGAGACUCACCUCCUGUAUGUAGCUGAGAAGAAACGACCCAAGACAGAGUCAUACUUCCAGCAGGGGCCUGAGACGGGUCUCCUCACUGACGAAGAGGACACCAUCAAGACCGACAAGAAGGAGGAGACCGUCCUGGGUCAGCAGUUUGAGUACUAUGAGGACUGGGGUGAAGCUCUGGUGAAUAAAAGCAGCCCAGUGCUCUGUGUGCUGGACAUCGAAGGCAGUAACAUCACUGUUCUGGAAGGAAUCCCCGCGAACAUCUCGCCAGGACAGGCAUUCUGGUCUCCCAAUGACACAGGGCUUGUGUUUGUGGGGUGGUGGCACGAGCCAUUCAGACUGGGGCUCAAAUACUGCGCCAACAGAAGGUCGUCUCUGUUUUAUGUGGAUCUGGCUAGUGGAAAAUGUGAACAGUUAUCAUCUAGCUCCAGUGCUGUCUGCUCUCCUCGGCUGAGUCCUGACCACUGCCGUGUCGUUUAUAUGGAGUGUGGUGUCUUCGGUCCACACCAGCAGUGCAACCGUCUCUGUAUGUAUGACUGGUACACCAAGCAGACAAGUGUUGUGGUUGAUGUGGUGCAGAGAGCCAGACCGGAUGGUUUCAGUGGGAUCUACAGCUCAAUGCUUUCUCCCCGCUGCUGGUCAGCUGACAGUCAGCGUGUGCUUCUGUCCUGUGCUCAGAGAUGCCGAAAGGAUCUGUUGGUGGUUGAUACUUCUACUGGAGAAGUCACGUCUCUCACCUCCCAGUCAGAGGAGGGGAGCUGGAGCUUGCUCAAUAUUCACAGAGAUCUGAUGGUGGUCAGCUGCUCUUCACCAAACUGCCCUCCAGACCUGCGGGUGGGUUUCCUGCCAGAGAAGGGUUCUGAAAGCAAGGUGUCAUGGGUCACGCUGGAGGAGACUCAACCUCAGGCGGAUAUCAGCUGGCAGACUUUAAACUUCAGCCCUCCACCUGAGGAGGACAACAGCCAGUACCCUGGUUUGGACUUUAAUGCUAUCCUACUGAAACCAAAGGAAACGACAGCAGGAAGCAAACUACCUCUCAUUGUCAUGCCACACGGUGGCCCUCAUUCAGUGCUGGUGUCAGAGUGGUUCUUGUCCACAUCAGUUCUGUGUAAGAUGGGCUUCGGUGUCCUGCUUGUGAACUACAGAGGCUCACUUGGUUUUGGUCAAGAUAGCAUCCUCUCCUUACCAGGAAACAUCGGUACACAGGAUGUAAAAGACGUGCAGUUGGCAGUAGACAGUGUUUUGAAGCACGGUGACUUUGACGAGCAGAAGAUCGCUGUGGUUGGAGGCUCUCAUGGCGGAUUCCUGGCUUGUCAUCUGAUUGGACAAUAUCCUGAGUUUUACAAGGCGUGUGUGGCCCGAAACCCCGUCACAAACCUGGCCUCCAUGAUCGGCAGCACAGACAUCCCAGACUGGUGUUUGGUGGAAGCUGGAUAUGAAUAUAACACAGAUAUUCAUCUUGAACCUGCUAUUCUGGAGCAGAUGUUAAACAAGUCACCCAUAAAACAUGUCAGCAAGGUAAAAACCCCAGUACUUCUGAUGUUGGGGGAAGAUGACAAGCGUGUUCCCAGCAAGCAGGGUAUUGAAUACUACAGAGCCCUGAAGGCAUUGCAGGUACCAGUGAGAUUGUUGUGGUACCCAGGCAAUAAUCACUCUUUGUCCAAAGUUGACGCAGAAUCGGAUGGGUUCAUGAACUCUGCUCUCUGGAUCAUCCAACAUCUUUCUCUGUGAUAUCACUUCCUCUUCAUAAAUCAUAACCAACUUUUAUCACACUGUAUUAAAGAGAUUUUAGCAUUUCUUUCAUAAAUAUCAGCUUUGUUGUUGUCAUAUCGAGGCAUCAGCUUGGUGCUUUUCCUUCAGACCACAAAGGGAAAACUCAUCAAAAUCUGUUUCUGUGUGAUGCGACUUGAAGUAGUUCACAGACAAAUUAAUGUGAUAUUUAGUGAAAUGGAAUUUACACUAAAUGGCAUCUGAAAAGAUUCAGUAAUGGUUUUAGUUUUCAGAUAUUGACAAAUGAUAUUUGUGCCAAACUGGUUACCGGUUCAGUGUAGCUAGUUACUUUGAUUUUCCGAUGGUCUUCUGCUUUUUGUAAUAUGGCUAUUUUCUGGGAUAUGCACUAAAUUACUUACUGUAUUCUUUUCAAUAAAAAUACUUUCUGUAUAUCUGAA